CGUCGGAUAAGACUAUCGAACAUGGCCGCUCUUACCGGCAAAUCGGACUACGGCGACGUAGUUAUUUCGCUUGAAAACUGCAUUCUUGACGAAGAACAACUUCAGAAUACACCUUCAUCGAAAGAUGGCUUAGAUAAAGAAGUAGAAAUCGAUUUACGAAUCAUAGGUUGCGAGUAUAUUCAGGUGGCGGGCAUCUUGCUGAAAUUACCUCAGGUAGCUAUGGCUACAGCUCAAGUGUUAUUUCAACGGUUUUACUACAGUAAGUCGCUCGUAAAACACGACUGCGAGAUAUACGCCAUGGCAUGUAUUUUUCUCGCUGCAAAAAUCGAAGAAUGCCCGAGAAGAAUUCGGGACGUGAUUAACGUGUUUCAUCACAUAAAACAGAGAAGGAAUGCCAGGACAAUUCAGCCCAUGGAGUACAUGGGUAACACCUACUUUAACCUUAAAAACCAAGUCAUCAAAGCUGAAAGAAGGAUAUUGAAGGAACUUGGGUUUUGUGUUCAUGUAAAACAUCCCCAUAAGAUCAUAAUAAUGUAUCUUGAAAUCCUUGAGAGCAAAGAAAAGAGAGAACUUGUCCAGUCUGCCUGGAAUUUUAUGAAUGAUAGUUUUAGAACAAAUGUUUUUGUAAGAUACCCUCCUGAGACCAUUGGCUGUGCCUGUAUAUUCCUCUCAGCAAGGCAGUUAGGGAUAAGUUUACCAAACAGACCGCCUUGGUGGGAAUUGUUUGGUGCUAAAUUAGAAGAUCUUGAGAAAAUUAGUUUAACUCUUUUGAGUUUAUAUCUACGACCAAAGGCCAACAUUGAUACACUUCAAAAGGAUGUUAAUGAAAUUCGUAAUAAAAUCGCUCAGAAGAAGGGUGACAGUAAAACAGAAGACGGCACGGCAGCCAACUCUACUCCUAAUCUGUCACCGUCAGGCGGAGCCACAGCAGUUAAAGAUGGCUCAGGGUCGAAGCCUUCUUCGCCCAGUAAAGUGUCGCCAUCCGCUGCAAGCGUAAUGGAUGGCAAAAAGAAGAGCUCGUCAAGGGUAGAAGAAGACAAAAGGACGAACUACAAAGAACGUCCAGUCUCUGGAGGAAAUCGCCGAAGUAGAUCUCCCGUCCAUCACCGCUCUCGGAGCCGGUCGAGAAGUCCAACUCCCAGCCGAAGUCGAAGUCGAUCAAGAAGUUACAGCUUGUCGAUCAGCCCCGACAACAUCAGCAGAAGUGACUCCGAAAGCAGCGAUGAAAGCCCGGAAAAACAGAAAGCGAAGAGUAAACGACGAAGGAGCCCGCCCCGAGGAAGGGACGAUGAAAAACGAUCACGACCUCGGAAAUACGACGGUGACUACGUGCAAAAGAAAGGGAGAACUGACGGAGCUAUUAGUUACAAACGGGAGAAGGCGCGAAGUAGAUCGCCGUAUUCUCGUAGUCGAAGUCGAUCACGGAGUCCCAUUAAGAGGCCGCGCAUGAAAUAUGAACGUGGGCGAGACAAGAAGAAACGGGACGACAGACAUCGUGAUAGGAAUGGAGUGGACUACCGGAAUUCUAGGGACAAAGGACGUGACCAUGGGAGACACCGGAGAUAACACGACUUCUAAGGUGGAAAAGGCAGUCGAUUGUACAUAAGGCUAUUAUGACAGAUAUCUUGUGCGGAUAUCUUUGCUUGUUUAUAUUCGACAUUCUUUCAGUAGUUACGCAAAUCAUGUCAAUUAAAGCUUUCGUUUUCUGUA